UACCAUGUAACUUUUAGAAGGUUUAUCAAUUAUGAUCAAAUUAUUUACGGACAAAUUAAUGUCAGGUCAUUUGCUGGCGAUAGGUCAUUUUGUCGACAUUUUAAUAUCUGUCCGCUGAUAGCCAAUAAACGUUCGAUGCGACAAAAGGUUUACUUGUUGUAAAUUAUGUUUAGUGUUAUAUAGCAGUCAGUGUUAAAAGUAGAACAAAUAUUUCGGUUUUUCUCGAGGACAUAUAAAUAACUAGCUAUCAGUGCUGACUUAAUUAUAGGAUAUUAAUACAUUGUACUAAUUCUUUGGGAUUUAAACAGGACGAAACAUCUUGUUAUUCAUCAUGAAUAACACAAGCAGUAUCCACUCUGAAGAAAUGAUGAGUUGUAAUAGUUCUAAUAUGACCAACCCAUUUAUGUGCAUGAGCACCACUCAGAUUCUCCAGAUAACUGCGCCACAAAUUAUCCUUAUCGAUAGGAUUAUCUCCCCUAUCUGGUACAUUAUCGGUCUAAUCGGGAAUCCAAUUUCAGCCGUAAUCUGGCUGUCCAGGAAAGUGUGCAAGACAAAUUCAUCCGCUGUGUACUUUGGUUCCCUUGCAAUAGUAGAGACGAUAUAUCUUGUUCUACACUUCAUAAAAGAACUACAGUUUGCCUGGGGUGUAACCACAUUUGGCAUGAAAACAACAUGUGAACUAUUCAACUUCCUGCAAAUUACUCCACAAUAUCUGGUUCCAAUGCUGGUUCUCGGCUUCACAACAGAACGUUAUAUAGCUGUAUGUCACCCGUUCGUGAAAGAGAAAUACUGUACAGUUACUCGUGCUAAAAUUGUUAUCAUAUGUAUGUCCGCUCUUUCAAUAGCGAUUGGGCUUUUUCAGAUUUACGUUUGGGCUUGGAAUGAUGAAAUUGGAUGCGUGUUUAGGCCGAAUACUGAACAAUUCAACACAAUUUGGACUUGGCUAACAGAAAUGUUAAUAUUUGGUUUUAUUCCGGUGUCUUGCCUCAUUAUAAAUAUUCUUGUCAUCAUGGAAAUCAGACGCUUGUCAGCUCAAAGUGCUGCGCAUGGGCAAGGCCCGACUUCCGGUAAUGCAGCUUCAACUACAACAUUACUGUGUGUUUCUUUCUAUUUUAUAUUCACAUUGUUGCCAGCUACAGUAGUGUACGCCAUGCAGUCAUCCAUACCACAAGGUGACGUCAGUUUGCCAAUCAACACCUGGUCUGAUGAUCCCGUUUGGAGUGGAUAUUUCUCUUAUUUGACAAUAAGGUACAUUGUUGAAGAAAUUUGUUUGUCAAAUUACGCUACAUAUUUUAUCAUAUACUACGCUACCGGUGUAUAUUUCAGACGAGAAUUUAGAAAUCUGUUUGGAUUACAGAAAAAGAGAAAGGGUAAAGGUGUGAGCAAUCGAAGUAUGAUGUCAGAUUAUAGUAUAGUCCAUUCAAAUGGAAGAAACACAUCUUGCACAGAGACAAUGCUUGUCGACUCUCCCAGUGACACGUGAUCAUUGAAGAAAUUCGAAGAGAUCACAUUCGAUGUUGGAUACAAGUGACAAGGUUGUAUUUUCUGUCGACAAGCGGCAUCUGGUGUUUGUGAAAUGUAAUAUCUGCGCACCAUCUUUUACUAACGAUAAUGGAAGUGCGGAGUGUUAUUCACAUUAAUUCCCAAAACGAGGACGUAGGGGUAUAAAAGCAGAUGAUAUUAGGAAAAUACUCAUAAUUUAAAAAUUAUAUGAUUUUAAGGUUUGUUUUUCAUUUUAAGAAAAACUGCAUUAUUUAACUGUAGUGUCCAGAGUGCCUGGCAAAUGUUGUUAGUAGAGUUUGCAUUAAAAACAUCACGGCUUUCUGUUACGUGAAUGCAUAUAUGUCGAAAGAAAAAAAGUCAUCUCUAAAACAAACAGAAAACUAAUCUAAAUUAGUGUUGUGAGAGAUUUUCAAAAGGUCUGGACCCUGUUCGAAAGGUAGCUACAAAACAAUUAUCUUGAACUUGAGGAGAACUUGUAUAUAUUCAUAUUCAUGUAAAUUUUGUUUGUAUAUGUGGGAACUUCUUCUGAUUUUUGAGGGUUGGAUUAUAAAUCGUUCUAUAAUAUCCUAUAUUUUGAAUAUUGUGUAAUCUGUUUAUUAUAUAUUGUAACAGUAGAUCUAUAUUUGUAUUUAUGAAAUGUGCAAUAAUGAGGCAUAGAGUCAUUUAUUAAGAUGUUAUUAUAUGUUUACACGUUAACCUUAUUAAGGACGAAAUAUUCUAAAUGUAUAUGGAUGACUUUACGUUUAGAAAAAACUGUAAAAUAGGAUAUAUGCUAGAAUAAUAUAUAAUAUUACUAAAUGUUUCCGUAGAAACAAAUUUAUACACCCUAACCAUUUCCUCGGGCGUGAUUUUCUUCAUUUUGAAAUAA